UAAAUAUUAAAAACGUAACAAAUAAAAUUUAAAAAAAAAAAUCAAAUAUAGGGUGGAGAGAAAGAAGGAAGGAAAGUGCUGAGAGGUUUGGCGAAGAUGACAGAGAAAGCGCCGAUUUUUGGAUUUGUUAGCAAUCGAACUUGAAAUCGAAAACACACCCAGAAAACUAAGCCCAUUCAUCUUUCACCCCCUGAUUUUCUCGUGAAAAACAUCCUUUUCUCUGUAACCAAAUGAAGUAUACAAAGUCUUCUGUAAGUUUUUGCUGCUGCUGACGGUGCAACUGUGUAAUGUACUAAAUCUCCUCCUCUCUCUUUCUUGCAUUUAUGGUUUUUUUUGGUUGUUGAGAAGCUGUAAUGAGAAUUAUGAUUGAAGAAUUCUAAAUUUUAUAUUUCUUCUUUUCUUAUUUUCUCAGCAACCAAACUGUUGUUUGUGUUGUGUCGGUCAUUUAUUUUCUCUGUCUUAAAAUGCAGGCUGGUUGAAGAGAAACUUUUUGUAGAUUCCAUUGCAUUGACCACAGAUCUUCAGGUGAACACCGAUUUUCUAACAUCAUUACUCUAUUAAUCAAAGUUUCCUCUAUUUUCUGUGCUUUUCCUAGAAAACAUCUAGAUGGCUCAUCCCUUUUUGUUUGUCACACUUCCCUUUCCACUUAGUUCCUAUUGAUUUGCUAACAAUAGAAACUCCUAGUUUUUAUAUAACGUAUUGUUUGCAGCAAAAAUUAGUCUAGAACUUUACUUCUUUUUUACUUGCCAAGGGAAAAAUCCAAGUUUCUUGAACUUCUUCAUUUUCUUUUUUGUUGUGUGGAAGUAACACGCCUUUAUCACUGGCGAAUUUUCCUGUCUUCUUCUAUGAUUUAUGAAUAAUUUCUCGCACUUUCUCCCAAAUUUUGUUGCACAGAGAGAGAGAGAAUGGAGAAGGAAAAGAAGAGUCAAACAGCUACAGAGACAGAUUUUGUGUUACAAUGGGGAACCAAAAAGAGGCUUAGAUGUGUGAAAGUGAAAAAAGACCAAAACUUGGCCAACAAAUCUAAGCCAAUUGAUUCUUUGCCAAAGAAGAAAUUCACAUCUCGUAUUGUCACUGCCGAGAAGGAAUCUCCUUCUCGUGUCAUCAAGAGUUCUGAUUUGCCAAUGAACAAUAGGAAGUCAUCGGCACUGUCACCAGAAAAAGAAGAUCGAUAUUACACAACAAGGGGAUCAUUGGGAUUUGAUGAUAAUGGCAAGGUUUUGAUGGAUAAUGUGAAGGAAGAUAAGAGUCUUGUUUGGCCUAAGCUGUUUAUUUCGUUGUCUAGCAAAGAGAAGGAAGAGGAUUUCAUGGCUAUGAAAGGGUGUAAGCCUCCUCAAAGGCCUAAGAAAAGAGCCAAGCUGAUACAAAAAACUCUACUUUUGGUCAGUCCAGGUGCAUGGUUAACAGAUUUGUGUCAGGAGAGGUAUGAAGUUAGAGAAAAGAAGGCUUCCAAAAAGAGACCAAGAGGACUGAGGGCAAUGGGAAGUAUGGAAAGCGACUCAGGAUGAAAGAUUUAAUGGAGGCAACAAUAGUUUGAUUUUUAAUAGUUAGGAUAAGAGGGAUGGAUUUUUUUUUCUUUUUUUCUUAACAGAAGAAAAGAAAAGGGGAAACAAGAAAAAUGAAUGGAGUAGUGGUAUCUCAUUCUCUCUAUUGGUUACAUUGUGGCAAUGGCCUGAUAUUUGGAAUAGCAAUUAAAUUCAAUAAAAUUUUUUA